AUGGCAGAGUGCACAAAUCUUCAGUUUGUCAGCCCCUUUGCCUUUGAGGCAAUGCAGAAGGUUGAUGUUGUUCGUUUGGCCUCCCUCAGUGAUCCAGAAUUAAGACUUCUCUUGCCUUGUUUGGUGCGGAUGGCACUGUGUGCUCCAGCUGACCAGAGCCAAAGUUGGGCUCAGGAUAAAAAACUUAUUCUGCGCCUUCUUUCAGGGGUGGAAGCCGUCAAUUCCAUUGUUGCUUUGCUGUCUGUAGACUUCCAUGCUUUGGAGCAAGAUGCCAAUAAAGAACAACAGCUUAGGCAUAAAUUUGGUGGAGGCAGUGGAGAGAGCAUUUUGGUAUCACAGCUUCAGCAUGGACUGACAUUAGAAUUUGAACAUAGUGAUUCACCUCGUCGCUUGCGUCUUGUGCUUAGUGAACUUUUAGCUAUCAUGAACAAGGUAUCUGAGUCCAAUGGAGAAUUCUUCUUUAAAUCUUCUGAGCUUUUUGAGAGUCCAGUCUAUUUGGAAGAAGCUGCAGAUGUGCUUUGCAUUUUACAAGCAGAACUUCCUUCUCUACUUCCCAUAGUUGAUGUAGCUGAAGCCUUGCUACAUGUUCGAAAUGGAUCUUGGUUCCUGUGUCUCUUAGUGGCCAAUGUCCCUGAUAGUUUUAAUGAAGUUUGUAGAGGAUUGAUUAAGAAUGGCGAACGGCAAGAUGAGGAAAGCCUGGGUGGACGGCGUAGGACAGAUGCUCUGCGUUUCUUAUGUAAAAUGAACCCUUCUCAGGCUCUGAAGGUCCGAGGCAUGGUGGUGGAAGAAUGCCACCUGCCAGGCCUUGGAGUAGCUUUGACAUUGGAUCAUACUAAGAACGAAGCUUCUGAAGAUGGAGUGAGUGACCUGGUUUGUUUUGUUAGUGGUUUGCUGCUUGGCACAAAUGCAAGAGUUCGAACUUGGUUUGGAACUUUUAUUCGAAAUGGACAGCAGAAAAAAAGGGAGACUAGCAGUUCUGUGCUUUGGCAAAUGAGAAGGCAGCUUCUUUUGGAGUUGAUGGGCAUCCUUCCUACAGUAAGAAGUACACGCAUCGUGGAAGAAGCUGAUGUGGAGAUGGAGCCUAAUGUGUCUGUGUAUUCAGGACUGAAAGAAGAGCAUGUUGUGAAAGCCAGUGCACUGUUACGUCUCUAUUGUGCUUUGAUGGGGAUCGCUGGACUCAAGCCAACUGAUGAAGAAGCUGAGCAGCUAUUGCAGCUAAUGACAAGUCGUCCUCCUGCAACACCAGCUGGGGUUCGCUUUGUUUCUCUUUCCUUUUGUAUGCUACUCGCCUUUUCCACGCUUGUCAGUACACCUGAACAGGAGCAACUAAUGGUGAUGUGGCUAAGCUGGAUGAUAAAAGAAGAAGCUUAUUUUGAAAGCACUUCUGGAGUGUCUGCCUCCUUUGGGGAGAUGCUGUUACUAGUGGCUAUGUAUUUCCAUAGCAACCAACUGAGUGCUAUCAUAGAUUUGGUCUGCUCAACAUUGGGGAUGAAGAUUGUGAUUAAACCAAGCUCUCUGAGUAGGAUGAAGACCAUCUUCACUCAGGAAAUUUUUACUGAGCAGGUUGUCACAGCUCAUGCUGUUCGAGUUCCUGUAACCAGCAGCCUCAGUGCCAACAUCGCUGGGUUUUUGCCUAUCCACUGUAUCUAUCAGCUACUCAGAAGUAGAUCGUUUACCAAGCAUAAAGUGUCAAUAAAAGAUUGGAUUUAUAGACAGCUGUGUGAAACUUCCAUUCCACUCCAUCCUCAGUUACUUCCUCUUAUUGACGUAUACAUAAAUUCUGUACUUACUCCUGCGUCUAAAUCAAAUCCAGAAGCCACAAACCAACCAAUCACAGAACAAGAGAUACUCAGUGUUUUUAAAGGACUCAUUGGGGCUGAUAGCACUCGAAUUACACAGCACAACGCACAGUGUCACAGCAUCACGGCCCAGCUCCUGGUGCUGUACUACAUACUGUCCUAUGAAGAAGCCCUUCUUGCCAACACUAAGACUCUUGCUGCCAUGCAAAGAAAGCCAAAAUCUUACUCUUCCUCUUUGAUGGAUCAGAUUCCAAUCAAAUUCCUCAUACGACAGGCUCAAGGGCUACAACAGGAACUGGGAGGGUUACACUCUGCUUUAUUGCGCCUUCUUGCAACUAACUAUCCACAUUUAUGCAUUGUGGAUGAUUGGAUUUGUGAAGAAGAAAUUACGGGGACAGACGCCCUGCUACGGAGAAUGCUCUUGACCAACACUGCCAAAAACCACUCUCCUAAACAACUUCAAGAAGCAUUUUCAGUACUCCAAGUAAGUCACACACAAGUGAUGCAGAUUCUGGAACACUUGACUCUGGUCUCUGCUAGUGAACUUAUACCAUAUGCAGAAGUUUUAACAUCAAAUAUGAACCAGCUGUUGAAUUUGGGAGUUCCUCGGAGAAUUCUUCAAACAGUCAAUAAACUGUGGAUGGUUCUUAAUACUGUGAUGCCUAGAAGGCUAUGGGUAAUGACAGUUAAUGCACUGCAGCCAUCAGUAAAGUUAGUUAGGCAGCAGAAGUACACACAGAAUGACUUGAUGAUUGAUCCUCUCAUUGUGCUAAGGUGUGAUCAGAGGGUUCACAGAUGUCCCCCUCUGAUGGAUAUUACUCUGCACAUGCUGAAUGGGUAUCUUCUUGCUUCCAAAGCCUACCUUAGUUCACACCUGAAGGAAACAGCAGAGCAGGAUAUUAGACCUUCCCUGAAUAAUACACUAGGCUUAGUGGGACAAGCUGAUGCCCCGGAGGUUACCAGAGAAGAAUUAAAAAAUGCAUUGCUGGCUGCUCAGGACAGUGCUGCUGUCCAGAUUCUCUUAGAAAUUUGCCUCCCUACUGAAGAGGAGAAAACUAAGGGUAUUAUUCAGAGUACCGUUGGUACCAACCAUAAAGUGAUAGAAGAAGGAGAAGACAAUUUGCUUUGUAACCUUCGAGAAGUUCAGUGCCUUAUCUGUUGUUUAUUACACCAAAUGUACAUUGCUGAUCCCAACAUUGCUAAACUUGUUCAUUUUCAGGGUUAUCCAUGUGAACUUUUGCCACUGACAGUGGCAGGUAUUCCUUCUAUGCACAUCUGCCUGGAUUUCAUUCCUGAGUUAAUAGCUCAACCAGAACUUGAAAAACAGGUAUUUGCUAUUCAGUUGCUCUCUUACUUAUGUAUCCAGUAUGCAUUACCAAAAUCACUGAGUGUAGCCCGGUUAGCUAUCAAUGUCAUGGGAACUAUGCUGACAGUUUUAACUCAGACUAAGAGGUAUGCUUUUUUCAUGCCAACCCUGCCAAGUUUGGUGUCUUUUUGUCAAGCAUUUCCUCCACUCUAUGAGGACAUCAUGUCUUUGUUGAUCCAGAUAGGACAAGUUUGUGCCUCUGAUGUUGCUACACAGACAAGAGAUAUUGAUCCAAUUAUUACACGCCUUCAGCAACUGAAGGAGAAACGAAGUGGAUGGUCUGGAAUAUGCAAAGAUCUUGCUUAUAAAAAUGGAGCCAGGGAUAUAGGAAGCAUGGACCCUGAUGUGCAAUUAUGCCAAUGUAUUGAAAGCACAAUAAUUGAAAUAAUAAACAUGAGUGUUAGUGGAGUUUAAAAAGAAAUGAAUGAAAUUGAAGCUGUAUGCAGCAUAAACCUAACAUAAUUCUGCAUUUGAGAACAACUAUUAUAUUGAAUGAGAACAAAAGUGUCUUGGAAUCACACAAAAAAAGACAACAUACAACUGAACUCAAACUUGA